AUGGAGAUUUUCUAUUGUCCCCUGUACAGAAGAGAUAAAGAGCUUAAAAAGCACUCUGGAGUGUAUAGCUACCAUUUUAAAGAUGGUAAAAAGUCAAAUAGCCCAGAGAUUUUUGAACAAAACAAAGACAAAUUAUUUUUUAAGCAAAGGGGAUCUCCUAGAAAGAAAAUAGAGAAGAUGCCUAAGGAGAAGACUGUUGCUGAGAUAGUGGAAGAUGCUCAAAGAAGUGAGCCAGUAUCUGUUCAGGAGGGGAAAGUAGACAAGGGAAAAACAACACAGGAGGUUAUCCUGGAGGCAGGACUGGACCUGGCUAAGACAGAUGUACAGGAUCUCCAGGAACAGGUCAAGUACAAGAGCAAGUGUUACACUGUAUCAGAACUGCCUGACAAUGUUAUUAGAAUGAGAACUAGUCUUCCAACAAAGGAAGUCUUCGAAAUUGUUGUAAGACAUGCCAAUAGGUUUAACGAUUCCAUCAAUUAUUUCAGGGACUGGAAGGUUGAAUUAAUCACUUUUGAGGAGCAGAUAUUUAUUACCUUACUGAAGGUCAGGCUAAACUACACAAACCUUUCCUUGGCUCAACUAUUUAAUUGUAGUGUUGCUACAAUUAGCAACAUCAUCACAACGUUCACUCAUGUAAUGCAUAGCAUUUUAUUUCAUGAUAUAAUGACAUCCAUUCCCAUACAAAUAAAAACAAACUAG